AAGAGUCAAUACUGGUACUGGAGGUAAAAAACAGACGAGUCAAUACUGGUACUGGAGGUAAAAACAGACGAGUCAGACGGUUCUUCCAGAGCGUUGCAGUGGAUUGGCCUAUUAUAGUGUAGUGUUACCAGACUCGUCAACUGUGAGGCAUUUCUUAUUUUCCCCCUGUUUGUGGAUAAUGGGAUUUUAACCAUGUGGCAGAUAGCUGAUCAGCUUCCCUGGAUUUCGCUGACGACAUCGCUUUGUUGUGUGUGAAGAUGGAAACACUGGAGUCGGAGCUGACCUGCCCAAUCUGUCUGGAGCUCUUCGAGGACCCCUUGCUCUUGCCCUGCGCUCACAGCCUGUGCUUCAACUGUGCCCACCGUAUCCUGAUCUCCCACUGCAGCCCCAACGAGCCUGUGCAGUCCAUCAGCGCCUUCCAGUGCCCAACCUGUCGCUAUGCCAUCACCCUCAACCAGAGGGGCCUAGAGGGACUGAAGCGUAACGUCACUCUGCAGAACAUCAUCGACCGCUUCCAGAAGGCUUCCGUGAGCGGGCCCAACUCCCCCAGCGAGACUCGCCGUGAGCGGGUCGCCCCGGACGGCUCGGCCAUGACCUCCCCCAGCGAGACGGUGCAGUGCCAGUUCUGUGAGCAAGACCCUCCCCAGGAUGCCGUCAAGACCUGUGUCACCUGUGAGGUGUCCUACUGCGAUGAAUGCUUGAAGGCCACCCACCCCAAUAAGAAGCCCUUCACCAGCCACCGUCUGAUCGAGCCCAUGUCGGACUGCCACAUCAGGGGACUCAUGUGUCUGGAGCACGAGGACGAGAAGGUGAACAUGUACUGUGUCACAGAUGAACAGUUGAUCUGUGCCUUGUGCAAACUGGUCGGUCGGCAUCGGGACCACCAAGUAGCCGCCCUCAGCGACCGCUAUGAGAAACUCAAGCAAACCUUGGACUCCAACCUCAGCAAUCUGAUUAAGAGGAACAAUGAGUUGGAAACUCUGAUGGGCAAGUUGAUCCAGAUCUGCCAACAUGUGGAGGGUAAUGCAUCAAGACAAGAGAACAAGCUCCUUGAAGAGUGUGACCUUCUGAUGGACAUCAUACAUCAGAGAAGACAGAUCAUAGCCACCAAGAUAAACGAGGGCAAGGCUAUCCGGCUGCGAAAGCUAGCCCAGCAGAUCGCCACCUGCAAGCAGAUCAUCGAGAGAUCGUCAUCCCUCAUCACUCAAGCGGAUCACACCCUGAGGGAGACAGACCACGCCCGCUUCCUGCAGACAGCCAAAAGCACCUGCGAGAGAGUGUCCAUGGCAACAGCAUCCUCUCAGAUCCUGAUACCAGAGAUAAACCUGAAUGACACCUUUGAUACGUUUGCGUUGGACUUUACAAGGGAAAAGAAAAUGCUGGAAAGCUUGGAUUACCUCACAGCACCAAAUCCCCCAAUAAUCCGGGAGGAAUUAUGUACAGCAUCGUACGACACCGUCACUGCUCACUGGACAUCAGAUGACGAGUUCUGUGUCGUCUCCUAUGAGCUGCAGUAUGCCAUCUUCACUGGACAAGCCAAUGUCGUCAGUUUGUGUAACUCAGCUGACAGCUGGAUGAUUGUGCCCAACAUCAAGCAGAACCACUACACAGUGCAUGGACUCCAGUGUGGCACCAAGUACAUCUUUAUGGUCAAAGCUAUCAACCAGGCAGGGAGUCGCAGCAGUGUACCUGGGAAGCUCAAGACCAACAGUCAGCCGUUCAAGUUGGACCCAAAGUCUGCUCACAAGAAGCUGAAGGUCUCCCACGACAACCUGACGGUGGAGCGAGACGAGACGUCGUCCAAGAAGAGCCACACCCAGGACCGCUUCACCAGCCAGGGCAGCUACGGCGUCACGGGGAACGUGUACAUCGACAGCGGGCGCCACUACUGGGAGGCCUUGAUAGGAGGGAGCACAUGGUUUGCUGUGGGCGUUGCUUACAAGUCAGCACCGAAACACGAGUGGGUCGGCAAGAACUCGGCCUCGUGGGUAUUAUCUCGAUGCAACAACUCCUGGGUAGUACGUCACAACAGCAAGGAGAUGCCCAUCGAGCCGUCCCCCCACCUGCGUCGCGUGGGGGUGUUGUUGGAUUACGACGCCGGUUCCCUGGCCUUCUACGAUGGCGCCGGCUCACAGCACCUGUACACGUUCGACAUCACCUUCGCUCAGCCAGUCUGUCCCGUGUUCAACGUGUGGAACAAGUGUCUGACUGUUCUCACGGGGCUGCCCAUCCCAGACCACCUCGAGGGGACAGACUGCCAAGAUUAACAGACCAGCUGAUGCAACACAAAGACACAAAGGGAGCAGAACAGACCCACUUCAGCCUCACCUGGCUGCCUUUUGUGUCACACCAUCCAUGCUGUAUGAAACAGAACAAAGCCAUGGUGCCAGAUAAGUCUCCAAUCAUGCUCUUAUAGAAGCAAAUACAUUUUUUUUUUUAUUAUUAUUUAUGGAAACCAUUUAUUGGGUUAAAAAAAUAUUGUAGAUUUUAUUUCUUGCUUAACACAUUGAUAUUCACUGCUAUAUUUAUGCUUGUUGGUUUUGGGAUGCGCUUAGAGAGGACGGUGGGUAUAACCUUUUGAAGUUCAGUCAAAUUUACAGUAUUUUUAAGCAGGCAGUGGUUAGAGCGUUGGGCCAGUAACCAAAAGGUUGCUAGUUCGAAUCCCUGAGCUGACUAGGUAAUAUGUUUUUCUGUUGUUCUGCCCCUGAACAAGGCAGUUAAUCCACUGUUCCUAGGCCGUCAUUGUAAAUAAGAAUUUGUUCUUAACUGACUUGCCUAGUUAAAUAAAACAAAAUUAAAAGCUCUGAGAGGAGUUUAUUUCAUUCUUACACAUACAGUAGAUUGUUGAUCUUUGUCCAUGUAUCAAUCGUUAGCAGCAUGUUGCUAAAUGUUUUACGUGUAACCUGUUUAUUUUGACAUGUCAUCAUGACACCAGUUCCUCUGAUUACAGAGCAGUUAUAACAGGAGUAUUCAUCUACAAUCUUCUGUUUCAUACAAGAUCCUCUCUAUGAUUUUUCUUAUGUAUUAGGAUGAUGUUUGUGAAAAUAAACACAUUAAGAGUUAUUUUAAUAGUUAAUCUGCCUCUUUUACAAUUCUAAAAUCACAGCACUUCUAAUGCACUUGACUAUAAUUGACAAACUCACAAAGAAACAAUUCUUCAUCUCUUUGUCAAAAAAAAGCACUACGAUGUUAAAAAAGUUGAUUCAUGUUGAAAAUGUAAAUUUUUAAAGAAAAGCCAUUUUAAGUGAAAUUUCAAUACAGAAAUAAUGUCUUAAUUGUAAUUAAAUACAACAUGUGCAAUCUCUGUAAAUACCUUAAUGUUUUCUUCUCACGUGUUGGCUCUGUAUGUUCAUAUGCCGGUACGUUUGGUAUUUGAGCAAUUUGACUUUUUCCGAUGCAUCAUUAUUUUCACACAUUCCUUGUUAAAAAUGUAAUAAAAUUACAUAAAUAAAGUGUGAA